UUUCUGGAGAAUUUCCCACUAACUAAUAUAUAUAUAUAUAUAUAUAUAUGGUCAGAGAUAGUUAGGCAAAAUUUGCUAACAUUUUCAUAGGAAAAAUUCAUUUUUAGUCCCUAAAACUUUUCUACUAUUCAUAUCCGCGAGUGGGAAAAGACUGCCACUAUAUAUGCUAUAUGGUCCAGAAGGGAAACAAAGUUCCACGAGUUUGUACUGUCUCACCUGUCACCAUCCCAGAUGCAAAAUAUCUUUGUUUUGUACCCUCAAAAUUCCUGACAAAAAAUACUUAUGGGUUUAAUUUGUUAUACUGCAUUAAAUUCCUCUCUCAUACAGCAAUAUUAUGGGUUAUACAUUGUACUUUAUUGAUUUCCAUACUAGAACAUUUUGUGGUCAGUUUGGGAAAAAAACAAAAAAUGGAGGAGCAAAUUCAGUAUAUUUAACCCACAUAAAAAAAAUGAGUUUGUGGAGGAUGUUGGUAAAGACAGGAAAAAAGCAGAUUAUUGACUUAAAGGAAUAAAGGUGAUAAAUACACCCAAAAGACAAGCUGAAAAUGGACAGAGACUAGUACUAGUAGUAAGAGUAGCCAAGAGUGGUCUAAGCCAUGCAUUUUGAAAAUUGUUCUUGCUCUGUCCACAUGCAUACAAUUGCUUUGUAUUUUGAGGCAACAAAUAAUAGUGCAGUUGACCUUGAAAGUUUGUGGGAUUAAAAGGGUAAAGCAAUUCAUCAUCAUUCUGCUGCUAUUGGGUGGGGUUCACCAUGGCUACAGUUUUUUUCCCACAUUUCCUACCACUUUCUGAGCAAAUAUAAAACCCCCCUACCUUCUCUGCCCAACCUCCCUCACUAAAUUCAUUGCUCUUUACUCUAUAGUAUUUGAUCAAAGGAAAAAAAAGGAAGGAAAAAAAGAUUUGCCAUGUCUCUUAAGAUCAAUACCUUUCUUCUAAUUUUGCUCUUACUAGUCGUCAUUCCCUUAUGUUCAGGCAUGGUUGAAGGCUCGGAGGUUGGAAUUAACCCCAAUUACUCGCUUCAUAAGGGUGGAAUCCAAGUUAAUAUAAGGAAGCUUUUGGUCAUGCCUCGUACAUUUUUGGAUUAUGACGAUGCUGGAGCCAACCCUAGGCACGAUCCAAGAAGGAAACCUGGAAAUGGAAGGAACCCUUGAAUGCAUGCCAUUUUGGUGGGGGUGUUAAUAUAUAUAUAUAUAUAUAUAUAUAUAUAUAUAUUCCCUAAUGGAAACCACUCUCGUAACUGUUCCUUCUUUCUCCCUCCAGAGGUUUUGAUCAUGUGUGGGAAGAGACUUAAUAUAUAUUUUUAUCAUAAUGAUGUGUAAUAUCUCUACUUUGUGUUUGUUAUUAAGGCCUUUGAGGCCUUUACACUGAAACAACCUAUUAUCAGAUGCUUUCUGUGUAUCCAUUAAUCUGUGACUGUGAGACUAUAUGGCUAAUAUGGCAUUCCUUGUAUCAAUAAAUAAUAUUUGCAGAAGGAAUGGAAAUCAAUUUCUGUUAAA